GCAUCUACCCCCCCGCCGUAACCUUCUUCGACCCAGAAACCGACACCCUCCUCCCCACCCAACAAUCCCAAUACUACAACUACCUCGCCACCCAAACCGGCCUCACCGGCCUCGUCAUCCUCGGCACCAACGCCGAAACCUUCAUGCUCACGCGCGAGGAGCGGCUCAAACUCCUCCAAAUCGCCCGCGCCGCCGUCCCAGAAACCACACCCAUCAUCGCCGGCGUCGGCGGCCACUCCACCGCCCAAGUGAACGAGUUCAUCGCCGACGCGCACAGCGCGGGCGCGAACUUCGCACUCGUCCUCCCCUGCGCGUAUUUCGGGAAACAAACCACCCCAAAAGUCGUAGACGACUUCUACGAUGCCGUGGCCAAGCAAUCCCCGAUCCCAAUCCUGAUCUACAACUUCCCCGCCGUCUGCAACGGCCUAGAUCUCGACAGCGACCAGAUCGCCGCGAUCGCCCAGCGGAACCCGAAUGUGGUGGGCGUGAAGCUCACAUGCGCCAGCGUGGGCAAGAUCACGCGCCUAACGCACACGUUCCCACCCUCACGAUUCGCUGUGUUCGGCGGCCAGUCUGAUUUCCUGAUUGGAGGCCUCGCCUCCGGGUCGGCGGGGUGUAUUGCGGCUUUCGCGAAUAUCUUCCCCAAGACGCUGGUUCGGAUCUAUGAGUUAUACAAGGCGGGCAAGUUUGAGGAGGCGUUGAGGCUGCAGCGGGUGGCGGCGCACGCGGAGAAUCCGACCAAGGCGGGGAUCGCGACGACCAAGUGGGCGGUGAGUCAGUUUAGUGCGGUUGCGGCGGGGGUGGAGGGUGGUGAUAAAGAUAAACUAGAAAAGUUGCUCAGGCCGCGGAGGCCAUACGAGGAGCCUUCGGGUGCGAUCAAGGCGAAGAUUUUGGAGAAGAUGAGGGAGCUGGCUGAGAUUGAGAAGACUUUGUAG